AUGGCCCCUAAGAAGACACGUAGUAUUCGUGAUUUAAUACCAUCCGUAAGCGCACCUCUCCCAGAUACUCCUUUACCAAAUCCUUCUAUUCCCGAAGAAUCUGGAACAGCUCCUGAUGAGCAAGACGAGAAUGAAGUCAAUGAAGCAGGGCAAGCUCCUCCAUCGCCUCCUCCUCCAGUUAACAUGGCAAAUGUUGGACCUAGUACGCAACUCCCAUUAUCCCCAACCACUAUUCGAACUAACCUCGCGGGACCAAAUGUUCAACCGUGGGAUGCUGCCUUUGGGUUGAUAGCACAAAUGGUGGGAAUGCUAAAACAACAACAGGAACAGUUCGCCGUUCAAUGGGACAUGUUUUCAAAGUUACGACCACCAGUAUUCAAGGGUAUAUCUGACCCAUCAAUAGCAGAAGAUUGGUUGAAGCAGAUUGAGAAAGUACUAGAAGCCAUGAACUGCCCUGAUGAUCAGAAAGUUAGACUAACGUCCUUUAUUCUUCAGGGCGAAGCCGAUGUAUGGUGGAGAGCUGCAAAGAGAAUGGUUCCAGCUAAUUAUGUGUGGACCUGGAAUGAAUUUCAGGAAAAGUUCCGUGAGAAACAUUUUCCUAAAGCGUAUCGCAUCCAAAAAAUGGUGGAAUUUUCAAAGCUAGAACAAGGUUCCAUGUCAGUAGCCCAGUAUGAAGCAAAAUUUGCUGAAUUAGCAGGAUAUGUGCCAAAAGUAAUGGAAGAUGAAGAUUAUAAGAUUACAAAAUUUGAAGAAGGGUUAAGACAUAAUAUCAGAACAAAAUUUUGUUGUGUGGAUGUGAAGAAAUACUCAGAAGUAGUCGAUAAGGCCUUACGAGCAGAACAAUAUACAGAGCGGUUUCUCAAAUCUCGUGUACAGUUAAAAGAAACAAGACAAAGAUAUAGGCCGACACUUACCCAACACCAACCACCAGAGAAGAAACCCAGAAUGGAAAUUCAAUCAUCAACACCAAGAACCCAAGAGCGAUAUUUUUCAGGAAAUUGUGCGUACUGUGGUAAGUAUGGUCACAUGGCUCAGGUGUGCAGAACUAAGAUGAGAGAUAUGGGUAUAACGCCUCUUCAACAGAUACCACCGCGAUUGCAACUUCCAGCAUCAUCUCAACCAACAAGUCAGACAUCACAAGCAUCACAUACCCAACCGCCUCGACCACAGCAGAAUCAGCAAAAUCGACCAUCUCCAUCAAUUCCUCAAGGCCAAGGGAAUCAUCCCAUCAGGCAACAGCCAUCUCGUGCACGGGUUUAUUCCAUCUCAUCUAAGGAGACUCUAAAAGAAAAUAAUAACGUUGUGGAAGGUAUGAUCGAAACGCAUGGUACUUCGAUUUUUGUAUUAUUUGAUUCUGGGGCUACUUUAUCUUUUAUUUCAUCGUCGUUAGUAUCUCGGUUAAGAUUGAAGUCAGAAAUCCUAGAUAAGCAAAUUUUGGUAGAAUCCCCCAUCGGCAAGUCAAUUAUUUUGGACAAAAUCUGUAAAUCUAUUCCCCUUAUGAUAGGUGAUAUUCCUAUAUUAGCUAAUUUAAUAGAAAUGAGUAUGGCGGGAUACGAUGUUAUUCUCGGAAUGGAUUGGCUUACUCGAAAUCAUGCGACGUUGGAUUGUUAUGCGAAGACAGUUACUUUUGCAGCGCCAGGAAGAGAACCAAUUAUGAUUCAGGGGAAGAAGAAGAAUGAGAAGAUCGAGCGUGUUAUGACAUUGAUUGGUAAUGAGAAACAAGAAAAAACAGUGGAUUUGAUUCCAGUUGUGCAGGAAUAUCCUGAAGUUUUUCAAGAUAUACCAGGACUACCACCUCGACGAGAAGUGGAUUUUGGUAUCAAUCUCUUACCAGGAUCGGCACCAAUAUCUAUGUCUCCAUAUCGAAUGACGCCUAUUGAAUUGAAGGAACUGAAGGAGCAGCUGGAAGAUUUGAGGUCCCGAGGAUUUAUUCGACCAAGCACUUCUCCUUAG